UCCUGUUAUCCUUGCACGUAAAUUCAAUCAAAAACUAUUGUUAGGGACUGAUUUUAUGUUUGAAAUCGGCCUAGUUCUGGAUAUUCAGAAUCGAAGGUAUUGGUUAAGGAACAAGCCUUUAGCAAAAUUCCUUCUUUCUACUGAUUUACAUCAAUCUGGUAGAUUAGAUUCCUGUCUGUGCAGUAGAAAAGAAAAGAUUGCCUCCCUUUCAUCAAGCUUUUGUCUCUGUUAGGACGCCACCGGAAAUAAGUGAUCGAAAGUGGGAAGCGACUACAACGUGCAUUGGUACACGUUUAUCGACAGCUAACAGUAUUGUUACUGUUGAUAAAAAUAUAACCAGCGUGACGGUUGCAAAUCUGACCCCACGAUGGACUCACAUCCGUUGUGGACAAAAGCUAGCGUAUUUUGAUCCAUUUUCCUCUGCUUCUAGUGCACAAAAACCUGAAGGAGUUGAUGAUACAUUUACAAAUAUUUCACAGGAAUCACCGAAGCCUGAAUUAAAAGAAGGACAUAAUUCAUCUUCUCAUUCUAUUGCAGACAAAAAAUUAGAUGCUUAUAUUGAUAAGAUCAGAAAGAAGCUUCAACAACAAGAUCCAUCGUAUUCAUUCAUUCAAAAUUCGAAAGCAAAAGUUAAAUUUGAUACAGAUGUUGGAGAAGGAGAUUUUGGUUCGUUAUUAUCGCUUUCUGUUCUUUCUGUUUUUAAGAAUCAAAGUACAGAUGCAAGGCCAGAAACUUUCCCCAAUGUAUCAGUACAUCCUUUAGCGAAGAGGACAAAUUUCGCAGAUUUUGAACCAGUCGAUUCUCAACUUUCAGCUGUAAGAACCGAAGAACGAUUAGAGCCAAUCGCUAGAACAAGAGAUACUGCAGAUACUACUACACAUAAUCCUGGUGAUUGGCUCUCAAAACUUGAUUUAACAUCAGCUGAGCUUUCCGUAAAUCAGAAAAAUCAACUAAGACCGAUCAAACAGGGUCCUUACCGAUUAUUAAACCCUGAAAGAAAGGCAGAGUGCACUAAACAAACGGCCGAAAUGUUGAAUAAUGAUGUUGCCGAGCCUAGUUUCGGACCGUGGGCCAGUCCUGUAACUCUUGUCCCUAAAAAGGACGGAACACUUCGUUUCUGCAUUGAUUUUCGCAAACUUAACGAAGUCACAGUGAAAGACACAUAUCCGAUUCCCAGAAUCGAUGAUACACUCGAUGCCUUUAAAGGUGCGAAAUAUUUCAGCACCUUAGAUCUUUCAUCAGGGUUUUGGCAAGUCGAGUUAGAUGAGAACAGUAAAGAAAAAACAGCUUUUGUCACACAUGAAGGUAUCUUUCAAUUUAAUGUGAUGCCAUUUGGGCUGACUAAUGCACCAGCGACUUUCCAGCGUCUCAUGGAUCUUGUCCUUCGAGGUUUGAAAUGGAGCUGUUGCAUGGUCUACCUUGAUGAUGUGAUAAUAUAUUCACCAACCUUUGAACAACAUCUUAAAGACAUAGAUGAUGUUCUGAAACGCAUUAUAACCAGUGACCUGACUUUAAAACCAUCAAAAUGUUUCUUUUGCCAUCAAGAACUUAAAUAUUUAGGCGACAUUGUAAGCGCGCAAGGAAUUAGACCGGACCCGGAAAAGUUAGAGGCUGUAAGAUCAUUUCCUAUUCUUAGUAAAACAAAUGAUGUCCGUGCUUUUCUAGGACUACCUGGCUAUCACAGACGUUUUAUUAAAAAUUAUGCAGAAGUUGCUGAGCCUUUGUUUGACUCGAUUCGAGAAAAACACAACCCAAUCUUUGUGUUUACGCCCGAACGUCAACAGGCAUUUGAAUUAUUAAAAGAACGGCUGAUUGCUGCGCCUAUAGUCACUUAUCCUAACUUUGACUAUCCGUUUAUGUUACAGUUGGAUGCCUGUAACUAUGGUCCUGGUGCUGUUCUCGCCCAAAAUAUUGAGCGCAGGGAACAUGUAAUAGCCUAUGCCAGUCGUAUGUCAAAAUCUAGAUUAGUUUCUAUCUUGUGUGAGAUUGACACAUUGAAUGAAAAAUAUCAGGCACAGGUGUACAUUGAAGCACGAUGGUUAUCCGAUUCAGCGAAGUUAAGGUUAACAACUGAUCAAUAUCGCCAACUAAACGAGAGAAAAUUUAUAACCAUAUUGAAAUAUAACGAAACGAAUUGGACUCCUGAACUGUUCAUUGAAAACUCAAUUGGCGAAUUGAAAGAAGUGUUAUGUUAUACGCUGAAGAAGAGUAACAGUCAACAAGAUGGUCAGCUAAUUGAAAUAUGCGAACAUCGUGAUAUUAAAGGUGGCUAG